UUUUGUAGCUUUAACUCAUAAACCCUAGCUUCCAUCACCGAGCUGUAAUAGCUAUGGCGUUCGCUCCCUCACGCUCUCUCCUCUUCCCUCUAUUUCCUUCUUCUUCCUCUUUUCCAUUUAAACCAUCUGCGAUAUCAUUCCCCAAAUUACCCCUCUGUCCGUCAACAAAUCCCUGCUCCCCUCUUUCGUCCGCUUCCUCCUCCCACAACCAAUCGCCGUCACCAUUCACUUCCGAGCAAGCCGUUCUCGACGCUGUAGCCGAUUCCGACGCUACUCAAAACUUUCUUCCGGCCGUCAGGACUUACGAAAACGAUUUGGCUCGACUCACCCUCGUUGGCAACGUCGAUAUUCAGCAAGCCAUUACCGCUGCCGCCGCAGACGGCGGGGAGGCCGCCGAUGAGCAUUUAUCUUCUGGUAUCGCCGCCAUGGUCGUGGAGACCAUAUUUCCUGGCUCCGCCGACGACCACAGCACCGUUUCCACCCGAUUAUUUUUACCUGCUAGGAAAGUUAAAGAGAAAGCUGUAAAGCUCAAGAAAUCGCUGACGAAAGAUAUGUUACAAGGCACCAUGUCAAAGAAUAUACUUGCCAUGACCUUUAGACAAGUAGUUUUGCGCCAGCUUUGGAGUCUCGAACUGGCGAUUUUUAGACCUGGAACUGAAAGAAAUAUGGAUAGUCUCGAAGAUCCUAGAGAGGUACCUGCAUUGUUAACCCUCAGCUCGUCAGAUGGAAGAGUCGUUUCUGAAAUUGCAGAGGUUGCUUGCUUUGCUGCCCUUGAGAACACUGGAAAACAUUUUCUUCGUGAUUCUAUGGACAUAGCAUCUAACAGGUUCUUCAGUUGGCUUAAGAAGCCUAAACAGAUUUCAUCUAGAGAUUCUUCUGUUUUCCUCUAUGACUUCCUUGAAAACGAGGUACUUGCUAAUGCCGAGAUACUGCUCGAGAAAUUCAACUUGGAAAGAGGAAAAAACAAGUUCAAGGUUACAAAAUUGAAGAAGAGUUGGUGGACAUCGCCUGCAUUUUCGAAAUUGGAGAAGAUUGGCGGUCCUGAGUUUUGUGCUUGGAUAAGUGAAUGUGUACCUUCGUACAUGUUGCAAAUUGACGCUAGUAAACUUAGUGAUUUGAAGUUUGAAGGGUGGAAAAAAUUGGAGGCGGAUCGAUUAGAAGUUGUUCUUACUCAUUCACAAAUGGUUAGUUUGGCUGACAUUCUAGAUAUGUACUACGAGGAUGUUUUCACACUGCCUAAUAAGAGACUUUCAGCCGCAACAUCAUCCGACUUGAAACUCAAUAAGGGCAGUUCUUUCUUGAAGACUUUGUCAGUUGUACUUGUCAGUGGGAUUUUUCUAGUGACCGUUGGUGUUAUGAGAAAACUUUAUAUGCCUCACCUGCCUCUCAGAAAAACUUAUAUUCAAGAAAACUCUCAAGAGACAUUGUCUGACUUUAGAUGUGUUGCGCUCGAUUCUGUGGAAUUCUCCGAGUUGGAAACGUGCUGUGUCUCGAUAAUUGAAAGAAUCAAGGAUUCUUUUGGCUGGCCUGGAGAAAUAAGCAAAAAAACUGGACGAUGUGCAUGGAUUGGAGAACUGCCUAAAUUUCUGAAAAAAUUGGACGAUGAUGACUCCAACUUGCUCGACAUUUCUUCCACUUCUAUACCAUUAGAAGCAAGUGAAGAAGAGAUGAAAGCAUUAGAAGAUAUUGCUAGCUAUCAGGUGGUGGUGUCAAGUGAUUGGAAUAUCAUAGGGUUUCAACCUACUAAUCGAGUUGCUGUCAAUAACUGGGCAGCAAACCCAUUAUCCAAAGAUUUGUACCGUGGAAAAAAACUCUCUCCUGGUUUAUUAGAACCCGGUCUCAAGAUCAGUUAUCCGAGUGGUGUGGUGGUAUUGGAGCUGCUGAUGUCAACAAAUCCCGACUCCAGCUUUGCAAUGGUUAAGGCUGUUGAUAUUACUGGAAACAAGUCGUGAGCACUGCAGUUUUUCUGGUUGCUGAAAAUGUUAGUAAACCCCGUUACCUUGCAUAUGUAGAUUUUUAUUUUCAUUCUUUUUUUCUGUGGAUAGAACACCCAUUAGAGACACCCACGCAAGGUGGUCAACAAGUUCUCUUGUGUGGUCUUCCACACUUGUUUCAUGAUUUACCUGAAUACUCUCUUAUGAUUCUUUUAGUGAUUUACCUGAAAUUUCUCA